AUGGCCAUUGAAUCAACUAAUGAUUCAAAUAGUGUGUUCAAUAUCAACAGAAACGCUAUCCAUGGUCAUAAUGAAGUUUUCAUUCAAGAUGUCUCAAAGUUUGAUACGAAAGUGAUGGUCGGAAGAGACCCCUACACUCGAUUGUACUCGGCCUUUAUCGACAAGUACUUCCUUCUCGGGAAACUUGGGAGGUUGCUAAAGAAAGCCGUUGAUGCAGGUCCCUACAUAAAAGAUGGGAAUACAUGUGGUUACAACGUAACUUUUAAUCAGUUUCUCGAUGACGUCAUGAAAACAGCUUUAUCAGGUGGUGAAUUGGACGAACACAUAGUUCCGGUUUCUGACCUGUGUGAUGUGUGUAGAAUAAAAUACGACAUGUUGAGUCGACAGGAAACUUUAAAUAGAGAUACACUUUAUCUUCUACGUAAGGUUAACUUAACGGCCACAAAACAAACGGCAAUACAGGAAGCUAUCAGUCCUAAGGGAAUUAAGCAUACCAUUCAUUCAUUGAUUGCCGCGCAUUUGUCAGACUACGCCACCUACCGAGAAGAUUGUCCGUCCCGAGUCCUCCACAUGGAAAAAGUCUGGACAACUCUUCAGAUCCAGGGGUAUGUUAACAAAGACGUGCUGUAUCCAAAACAGACAGUUGAAAACUUACGUGAAUACAAAGCUGACAAAAUUACUUCUAUAAUUCUUCGUGGUAUUGAAUCUCGACCGAUGACUAAGGAGGAGAAAACACAACAAAGGGCGAUGUUUGUCCGGCAUGCGUAUGAAGAAGUCAAUGAGGAAAGUAUUAUGAAAAUUCAAGCAGUAUUCAUGAAAGAUUUUAGAUUCCUUAAUUAUGACCUCACACCUCCACACAAACGGUAA